UCUGUCUCGCCUCCUCCAGCAGCAGCAGCAGCGGGUCACCUCUGCGCGGCUGUGCCGUGCCGUGCCGCGCUGCCUGCCGGCCGCAGGGCUGCCAGAGAGGCGCGGGCAGCUCCUCGUCGCUGCGGGCUCAGGGGCGCUACCUGCGGGGCCGCCGCAGAGCCGGGGAGCCGCCGCUGGGCUGCGGUGACAUUGGGAGGAGACUGGUCCGAGGGCGGCGCCGGGGGACAGGAGCGCCUGUGCCCGAGGCUAUCGCCAGCCACCACUCGCCCUCCUCGGGGCAGCGGGCGGGCUGGGCUCUGGCUGCCCGGCGCGGCUCCCAGGGCGCUCAGCCCUUCAUUUCCUCUCGCUGUCGCGCUGCUGGAGGCUCCGGACUAUAAAUAGCAGGCUCGCCAGCCACCCAGCGACACACGCACGCACCGGGGGAAAGUGUCGCGCCGGUUGCCCCAGCGGGCGGGCAGCCAGCUGCCAGCCAGUUGACCUUCGUAUCUGCUGCCUAGAUUUUGCUCAGCAUCAACAAACUAACUAGCAUCGUCAUUGUCUUCUUCCAUCUCUUACUCAUCUUCAUCCUCUUCCUUGACAACCCCAUGAGAUUCAAUGCUAAAGAUCUGGCUUUCCUGGCCAGGCAACCAACUGAUUGUUUUGACAAGGAAGGAAAACUGAAGAUUUGCAGAGUGGUUGGGAAUGAAAAAUUAAUAGAACCAAGAGAGAGAUGGUGCCGACUGAGAGGAAAUCUGCUUUUUCUAAUGAAAAAUAAGAGUUCUGAAGCCUCUGAAGUGGUAAUCCUGGAGCGCUGCUGGGUUGUGGAGUUCAGGAAAAAAACAGAUGUUUCAAUAGUUCUCAAGUUUCAGAGUGGAGAGCCAGAUCUUUACCUUGAAGCUGCAUCAAGGCCAGACUGUGAAUCUUGGGCGGUGGCACUGGGAGAGGCAAACUCAGAAGGUUUGCGGAACAAAAUUCAGCAGCUCCGGAGGCUGAUCAUGGAAAUCAAAGAGGAGAGAUCAUCAGAUGAAGCACAACAGUUUCUCCCUUCAUCCCAAGUAGACAGUCUAGGAGAGUCACACUUUACAAGUAUUCAGAGAACUGCAAAUGAGCCAAAGCUGGAGUUCAGUCUUGCAUGCAAGGAUCUAGUGUCUGCGACCCGUGAUCGGAAGCUGAAUACGUUCAUACAAGUCUCAGUGGUGCACCCAGCAGAGCACAUUUUGACGAGGUAUUCAAGCACUGAAAUCGUGGAGGGUACAAGAGAUCCACUGUUUUUGACUGGUGUGACAUUCCCACCGGAAUACCCCAUCUAUGAGGAGACUAAAAUAAAACUGACAGUCUACGAUGUCAAAGAUAAAUCGCAAGACACAGUCCGCACCAGCGUCCUACCUGGUCACAAGGAGCCAAGAGCAGAUGUUGGACGAAGCUUCCUGGGCUGUACAACUUUUAGAGUAGGAGACUUGGUGAAGUCAAAGGAGCAACAGUUGACCCUCACCCUCAGGACUUCUGAUGGUGGAAAGACAGUUGGUACCAUUGAAGUCAAUCUUGUGAAGAUGGGAGAGCUAGAGGAUGGAGAAACAGACCACGUCACAACAGACUCCCAGGAUCAAAAGUGUGCAUUGGUUCGUGAAUGUACAGCCCCUGAAGGCAUAAGUGGUAAAGACAACUUGCCUUCAUUAAAUGCAGUGUUAAAAAACCCAAUCUGUAAGUUAUAUAGAUUCCCUACUUCUGACAACAAGUGGAUGCGGAUCCGGGAACAGAUGGCUGAGACCACCCUCUCUUUCCAUGUUCCUAAAGAGCUGAUCAAUCUGCACAUAAAGGAGGAUAUGAGAAGAAAUCAGGAACUUAAAGACUUGGGAGAACUUGCUCCUCACUGGGACAAUAUGCGCCAAAGUGUUAUUGCUCACUGUGAUCAGAUGUUGCGCAUGUACCAGGACACUCUUGCAGAGCUUGGAAAGCACACAGGUUCUUCCUUCAAAUCAAGCUGUAGUAAAGGAGAAAAAACUUUAGAAUUCAUCCCAAUAAAUCUCCAUCUGCAAAGAAUGCACGUGCACAGUCCUCGACUGAAAGAUGCUCUGUAUGACGUCAUCACCGUGGGAGCCCCGGCAGCGCAUUUCCAAGGAUUUAAGAAUGGUGGUCUCCGAAAACUGCUGAGUAAAUUUGAGGCAGAAAGACGAAAUACUGGAUACCAGUGUAUUUACUAUUCACCUGAAAACACAGCCAAGGCAAAAGAAGUUCUCAGCAACAUCAAUCAUCUACAACCUCUCAUAUCAAGCCAUGCAGACCUGCUGCUUAAUUCUGCAAGCCAACAUUCUCCAGACAGCUUGAAGAAUUCUUUAAAGAUGCUUUCAGAAAAAACAGAGUUAUUUGUGCACGCGUUUAAGGAUCAGCUGGUCAGAAGUGCCCUUUUAGCACUAUACACAGCCCGACCUGGCUGUGUCCUCAAGAAACCAGCUGUGCCUAGAAGCGGUGCAGAAGAGGGGCGUGAUGCACAGCCUCGGGAUCAUCCUUCCCAGGUGAAAAGACAGGACUCAAUACCCCAUCAUUCUGAGUACGACGAGGAAGAGUGGGACAGGGUGUGGGCCAAUGUGGGAAAGAGUUUAAACUGUGUUAUUGCCAUGGUGGACAGACUGCUUGAGAAAGACAACAUCAGCAACAUUAAAGAAGGUGAAAAUGACCCUUCAGCAGCAGAUUGCAAGGUGUUGCACACAGGUGGUGACUGGUAUGAGCAGCUGUAUCCCCUGGUGAUCACGCUGAAGGACUGCAUGGGAGAGGUGGUGACCAGGGCGAAGCAGUCGAUGGCGUUUGUUCUGCUCCAGGAACUGGCCUGCGGUUUGCCACAAUGUUUGAUGCUGACCCUAAGAAGAGACAUCGUCUUCAGCCAAGCACUCGCUGGAUUGGUCUGUGGGUUUAUAAUAAAAUUGCACACAGGUUUACAUGAUCAAGGCUUUUUACAACAGCUUCAUACUGUUGGAUUGCUUGUGCAAUAUGAAGGACUCCUUAGCACAUAUAGUGAAGAAGCAGGGAUGCUAGAAGACAUGGCUGUGGGAAUUUCAGAUUUGCAGAAAGUAAUGUUUAAAGUCAUUGAAGCCAAAUCAGAAGAUUUUUUGCCUAUUAUAACUGGAAGGCGUGAACAUUACAUUAUAGAGGUCCAGCUUCCAGCAAAGAUGUUUGAGUUGCUGCCGCAAGAGAUUAAAGAAGGAAAGCUACUUCGCAUGUAUCCAGUACUCUUUAAUGUUGGAAUCAAUGAACAGCAAACACUUGCAGAGAGGUUUGGAGAUACCACUUUGCAGGAAAACAUUAACCAGGAAAACUUACAACUUCUAAAAGAAUAUUACAAGCUGUUUACAGAAAAAAUGCCUCCUGAUUGUCUGCCACAUUUUCAAGAACAAAAUGAUUUAAAGGGAUUGCUAGAAAAUCUCCAUCAAAAUAUCCAGGCCAAAAAGAGGAAGAAUAUAGAAAUCAUGUGGCUGGCUGCAACGAUUUGCCGCAAGCUGAACGGAGUCCGCUUCACCUGCUGCAAAAGUGCCAAAGACCGGACAUCCAUGUCGGUGACACUGGAGCAGUGCUCCAUCCUGAGGGACGAGCACCAGCUUCACAAAGACUUCUUUAUUCAGGCGCUGGAUUGUAUGAGAAGUUUAAAACAGAGAAGUUCUACCCUGCCAAUAUAUUGUAAAUGAGUUUGAAACAACCUUGAACUGAAGAAGUUGCUAUGUUGGAUGGAAGGUAAUAAUUUUGACUUUGGCAGUAGGAUUGUCUGGGACUUAAAGCAAGGCCCUUGCAAGUAGUGGCAGUAACAGACAAAAUAACCUGCGGCAUCGGGAUAAUAACUAGAUCUGUAUAACACUGUUCGUACAACUGGAGGUUAAUUAAAAAGGAAAAAAAAAAAAAGCUGCAAAGUUACUUUAUUUUCUCAUGGCCUGAUGAGUGAAAUCCCAAAAGUCAGAACAGAAGAAUUAAAAUGUCAAAUGGGGAUACAUGGUACUCAGCUCUAUGGUCCCACCGCUGAGAGUUGGUCAGACAGUUUUAAAAGCUGUCUUUGGGUGCUUUUUUGGUAUCUUUGGUGCUCCAGACAUUCAGCGGGGACUGUUUCUCCCUCCCCACUGCCCAUCUGGGGCUGGAGGUGCUUGUGGGGCAGCGGUAGGGGCAGCGCUGGGCUUUCCUCCCGCUCCCACACAGCAGGACCCUCCGGCUGGGCGCUCUGCGUGUGGCGGGCGGAGAAAGGUGAACGGCAGAGAAAGACAAUUUGAGAGAGCAAACUGGGAAGGAAAGAGCAGCCAGGCAAAAGAGAGGUGGGAGGAAAGCUAUAGUUUCCACAGGAAGACAUAUAUUAAUAAUAGCAUUUCAACUAAAGCUCCUGCAUUGUAUUUGAUGAAAGUUUGGCAGCUGUGUUUUUGAGGUUUGUGUGAAUAAGGUCACCAGACUUGUUUGGUAGUUGCUGUGAUGCUUGCCCUUUCAUCCUUUCUUUUUAUUUGAUUACUAUUGCAAAGUGUUAUUUGGAAGAUUAUGGUGGGCGUUUCUAAGCUUUUCAUUGACUACACGUAGAAGCUUUUAGAAAGAUUUUCAUGUCUAAAAGAACCUGUUUUGUUUUAAGAGCAGACAGAGAAAAUAUCUGUUCACCAUUUAAUUUACAGUUUUAUCCAUUUUCCCCAAUGAAUCUUCUCUAGAUUACUUAGUUAAACUCUGUCAAUCAAAUCCCAUUAUGAUGAUUGCCACAAAUCACUUUUAAGCCUUUUGAAAGAGCAAGUAGACAAGAAAAAGUCAAUUUUAACAUCCAGCAUCGUAACAGAUUGGAUUGAUCUUUGAAAGGUUCCUUUCAAGAGUUAACAGUAGGAGAUAGAGAGUACUGUGAAACAAAGUGAGUUGCAAAAGUAAAUGGCGCUUCAAAAGCAGCCAUUAUUGGAAAUGUCGUAAUUUUGAGAUAUGAAAAUUAUGAAGGUGCCUGUGUAGCUGCAAAGCUUUUUCUUUUCCUGCCAAUGCUGACACAGUUUUGGUGGUUGGUGUAAAAGGGAAGUGUGGGCUUUUGGGUUAGUGCUUUUUGUUUUGCCACCAGAUGUUUGGAGAUGCUGGACUUGUGUGUGCUGCUGCUUUUCAGCUUCUCGAUGUUCCUGGAAUUUUGAGCAAACCAGAGGCAAUUUCAGAUGUUUCAGUUUGUGUGCUUCAAUGUACGUUGCACAGCACUGUUUUGGAAAAUACUGCCAGUAGCCACUAUUUAAGCAUUUGGUUUGUAAGUGGAAUCGCUGCCUUGUAGUGAUAAAGUAUAUGAUGUUUAUUGCUUCUUUAAAAAAAACUGUGCAAAAAUCCUGUUAGUUGUCCUUCUGGCUUAUGAAAAAACGGUGAAAUUAUGAUAGGAAUUCAAGCUGUAUCACAAUAAUAUAUGGUUUUGUCUUCUGGGUGCAACUAACCAUUAUGAUGCUACAACUGAUGUAUAUGUGAAGCGGCUAUUCCAUAAAUAAUUCUACAUAUUAUAGUUUUAUUGGUAUGUGUAUGUGAUUUCCAUUGAUCUUAGUGACAUUCAUAGUGCUGAAUGAGGAAAAUCAGUAUGUUAUCCCCUCUGUAUCAAGUUCUUGCAUUUCACAUCAGACUAGAAUCAUAUUUAUAAUGUUGCUGCCGCUUUCAAAUCACCUUUUUUUGUGAACAGCAAUAUUCUUAUUUUUCCAUUCAAAAAUAUGUGACUAUUUCUUGUCAUUCAUGUCAACUAUAUUCCAAGAGGCAGUGAAGAGACAAAACUGAUUUACCUGAGUUUAUCGCAGUAUCUGUCACACAGUUCUCAGUUUUGUCUUUAGAGCUGACGACUGUGUAAGGGAGGUUGGACUCUGGCAGCCAGAACACUAUGAAGCAGUUCUGUAAAACUCAUUUGACUUUUUUUUUUUCUGAACAUAUUUAAUUGUAAUGUUUCAGUGACAAGGCCCCUUUUGGAGGCCUUUGAGAGUAACCUCAGAAUCUCCUGGGUUUUGAGCUUUUUUUCCAACAAAGCCUCAAAACUAAAACCAAGCAAACAAAAUGACAAAUCCCCUGUCAACAGCGAAGCCUUCAGGCUUUCAGUUCUAUAAUCAUUCUUAGCAGGGCACAAUACCUGUCAGAUAUUUCAGAUAUUAAAUGCAAAAUUUGACUCAAUGUAGGACACACUUCUUUCACCUGAAACAACAGUCAAGGAUAUUUUGGAUUAUUUUAGACAAAUUGCCUAUCAAAAAUCUGAUUGAAUCACAAAUACAAAGAAUGGAUGGUCUAGGCAACAAGGUAUGGACUUUUGAUGGCCCAAUUAUGAAGCAAAUAGCUGUGUGAGGGAACCUUUUCUUAAAGAUAAUCUUAAUGGUGUGUGAGUUGAGAAGGAGGAGUAGGUGCAAUAGCACUUUAAUCAGGGACCUUCAGAUGUUCUGGGUGGAAUCCACAGCUCUCGGCUGACAGAGACCUUGGCCACGGAAAGGCCUACGCCAGACAACCAGUGUUGUGAUUGUUAUGUGGACUGGGAAGCAGAAGCAAAGGGACACGAUGAGAGACUGGGAUUCACCAGCAGAUCUUUCACAUCACAGAUUUCACCCUACACCUGAGAGCUUGUGGCAGUAAAUGCAGCGUGUGAUGGACCACAUAGAAGAUGAAACACAUGUUCUCCUCUAACCAUCUAUUUUUCCAACUUUUUUUCCAACUCAUCUGACCUUUUUUUUUUUUUUGUUCUGAGAGUAUUAGUGCAGUGUAAACAAACUCUAAAGGGAGAGCCUGGCUUCCAAAGUAGAUUUUUUUCAUCAUUCUAUGGUUCUUUGGAAACUGAACAUUUAUAUUUUGAGGUACAAACAUUAGAUGGAAAGAUUUACGUUACCUAAUGUAUUGAAAGGGGCCUGGCAUUAAGUAACAGCAAAGUCCAAUUUUGAUGUGUUGAACCAACCAUCAAUUUUGUUUUCUAAAACUAAAUUACUGCUUUUUAAAAAUAGCAACAGUGUGCAGAAGAAAAGAAAACAAAAUGGAGUGAGACGGCCACAAGAUGUAAUAAGAAUCAGUGCAGUUGGCACCUUGUUGGACCUUAGAAUAAAGGUCUAUUUCUGAGCAGACUUGUGGAAGGAGAAUGGCAGGCAACCAUUGCAGACAAAAUAUCAAACGGUAGCUUGAACAGGCUGUGUUAGGUCUAAGGUUUUCUAAUAUGACUACUCAGUUUCACAAAAAUGAUCUUUAUAAUGUGUCUUUGAAGCAAUUAUAUUUUUUUUAAGACUUAAAAAACAAAAACACCCAAACAAACAAACAAAAAAAGGGCGCCAAGGGGAAAAAAAAAAGAAACCCAAAACCACUUUAUUUGCACAUAGCAGGCUCAGGAAUGUCAUUGGUGAGGUUCAGGCUCCUACAUGGGCAAAUUAAAUAAGUAAAAUUGCAGUUGUUCUGUAAUAUAGUCCCUCACAUUUUUUUUCUGUUUCAUUUGGGUCAGAUGUUCGAGUCCAUGUUUUGCAGGGGAAUGUUCUCUAGCUGACUACAGAAGUUUCAUUUCUCAUGUAUCUCGUUUCUCCAACCUCUUCCCAAAUUCUAAUUUCAGACUACUUUCUGAUCAACAGCCUGGUCAGAGCCCUGAGAACACUUAUGAGUACUUUAUUAUCUUCCUCUUUUUCAACAGACUAUUGCUUGAAUAUUUCCCUCUGGUAGCUCUUUCUUCCCCUGCUUUGUCUAUCUUCUCUUCAAGAGCUUGGGCAUUGGCUUCAGUCACUAUAUAGAGAGAAGAGCAGAGACAGUCCCCCUGCCUCAUUGCUUUUGCUUUGUAUUGCAGCAGUUAUCAUCUGCCAAGGAGAAGAACAGCAGGGAAAAGUCUUGUCUAACCCUUGACCUCACAGACUUCCAACAGAGAUUGAAUCCUCAAAGUGCGUACCCGCUGCAUUUUAACAAGUCUUUGUUAGGAAGAGGUGAUUUGAGAUUCUAGCAGGAGACGGCUCUUAUGAUAGUUAUGUCUCUAGUACUUUUAUUACGUUGGUACAGAAUGUGAAAUCUUGCUCUUCAGCAGGGAGGUACUAGUUGGACUAACAGUUGAAAGUAGAAUCUUAAUGGAAAGCAUUAUUUGAAUUUAAUUAUAGUUGCCCUUCCCCUGCAGCCUAUAAUAAUAUUCUUGGGUUAAUCACUGGGGAGGAAAGGAGACUUCAAGGGAAAACAGUAAAAACUCUGCCACUUUGCAAGGAGUAUUUAGACAUGUGACCCCAGGCUACCUCACCAAAACGUGUAACUUUCCAACAGGCAGUAAACCAGAAUUUCUAAAGUAAAUGCUUUGUUUCUCUGUCACUCCCUGGGGAAAGUACCAUCAGAAGCAAUCUGUAUUGUCUCUAAAUUUUGACACCAGCAUUAGCUGGGUGAGUCCUUGAAAUGCACUUGCUUCUCCAUCAUUAUGUUGGAAAGCUGGGUACUUCAAGAAGACUCAGAUGCUGACAGCAAUUUUUAACUACUGAAUACUCAAGCAUACUAAUUUACCAAUUGCAGUGUAUUAGAGCCCAAAAAAAAGUUCCUUUUCCUUUGAAAAGGAAAAUGUUUGGCUGUGUUUGGGUUUUAGCUUUCUGACGAUAAGAAAGAAACCUUGCUUCCUUGUGGUCUUUUUGCUGAAGGAAGUCCUUGCCCUUUCACUUAAGGAUGUGUGUGACACAGUUCUCCAACUGACAACCAGAUUUAAAGGAAUUUAAAUAAAAAACUCACCCUACUCUGAUUUUUCUGCUCUGAUUUGUACUUUUUAUUCCUUACUGAUAUAUCAACGGGGUGAACGAUCUGUUAACUACCCCAUAUUAGCCAUAUCUUGAUCCAAAUGAGAGCGUAGGGAGUUGAGCUCUGCCUUCCCUCUCAGUGAAUGUUUUAAUUAUUCAGUACAGACAGUGAGAAAGAUAUGUAUUUAAUUACCAGGUGCACACUGUGCUCACUUAGCUUUCAAAACUAGCCAAAUGUAAAAACCCUCUCCAACAAAUUUGCUUUCUAGGUUAGUGCCACAGUCUGUGUUUGGUUCCUUAAUAGUGCAACUGUGACUUUAAACAUUGCAUCUUGAUUAAUUAAAGGAAGGUGCUUGCACAGUUUACACUUAAAAAAAGCCCUUCUAAUGUAAAAUGUUUCUGUCAUGUUUGUCAUACCUAGGUUACAGGACUAUAGUUUUCCUGGACUUUACCUGCCAUGCUUGGGCAAAUCUAGCAUGCAAGCAGUCAUACUGUCUCAAAAUAUUGUUUGAUGCUCACUUUUGAGAUUCUUCUAGUCAUCCAUGGAAGACUUCAUUAAUUGUCUCAUUCAGUUAGUACUUUAGUGCUUAUGCUAUUGCUUAUUCAGAACUUCCAUGAAAGGCUCAGUGUUACCUGAAAUCAGAAACUCAGGGUGAGUAAUACUAGGUUUCUUCCUAUUAUCGUUCAUUUCUAUUAAGGUUUUGUGAGAGAGUAUGUGGGAAAAGUCAUGUAUGCAUAUUUAUUAUCUGUUAAAACUCUAUGUGCCACAGCUGAAUUAUUGUGGUAAUUCAUGUACAGCUAAAUCUCUCAGGAAAAGCAACACUGCCAAGCCUAAAAUUUAGAUAAGAACAGGAAAUGAGAAUAAGCAGGUAGUAAUAGCAUACAAUAGCUGGUUAGAAUUAUCACAAAUUCAAUCUCUUCAAGAAUUUAUCUACCUCUAAAACUGUAUUAUUCUCAGAAUAGUGUAACAUGGACAGUAACAACUCAUAACUUUUUUCCUGCAGUCGCAGCCGCAUACAGACUGUAGAGAAGUUGGAGGGGACACAGAGAAGAGUAGCAACUAGUUGCUAUUCUGGCAAAGUUGUUUUGUAAUAGAAGGUCUACAUUUCUUCAGGAGAAAGAUGAUGCAGUGGCUUAUAGUAUACAGCUUAUAGCUCCAGUUGGCCUAUGUAUGGAGCAGGUAACAGACAUUUCUAGGUCUAUUUUUGCUCUCAUUUUAGGCUCCCUUAAUCCUUUCAUCCAACUUAGUUUCUUUUGUAGGAAUGCUGCCUCCUUGAACAAUCAUCAUCUCUUCAUCAUCCAGCAUCCCUCUUCCAGUUUUCUUCCAUAACCUCCCUGUUUGUUGUUGUUUGUGGUGGUGGUUUUUUUGUUUGUUUGGUUUGUUUGUAAUCGUUGGAGUUUGUUUGUUUUUCCUUCAGUCUGCUGCUCUAUUUCCUCUUUCCAGUAAGCAUUCCCUUGUUUCAUUCUCUCCUGCAGCAUCACGUUAGCGUGUGAUAUUUUGAGGAACUCCUUUGACAGUAGUUUUGCUCAGCUCAAGGAGUGAGAUUUAGUAGUGGAUUCUUAUUGUUACUUUCUGUGAUAGCUCAGGUAUGGUGACAUUUCGUAACAGUGUCCUCCUCAUUACAGCAACCACUGGCAGAUCUGCACUGGCGUACCUCGCAGCAACAUGUCGCUCAGUUUUUCCUUGCAGUCCAAGUUCUGACAGCUGUUUGCACUGGCAUGACCAAAUGAGUUCCCGUGUGGACUAUUAUGCCCUUAUUAUGGAUUUCCUACUUCCAUGAUGUUAUCUGUAGUUGGCUGGAACUACCCCCAAAACCAGAGCCAGAAGCAUUAUAUUGCUAUCCUGUUCUCUGGAUCAUUCUGUGAUAAAUUUGGGAGAUAAUUUGGGGAACUUGCAUUCUUAAUAGCCUAAGCCUGUAUUAUAAUCUGUAUGAAUAGGAACUAUGUGUUUGUAAGGGCGUUAAUGCGAAGUAGAGUUUGGAGUCCUCCCAAAAUGCACAGCCAAAUCACUCCAUGGUUAAUUCCAGUUAAAGUGGGUUUCUGCCACCCUGAGACUUAGUGGUGCUGUGGUUGUAUUGUGAUUCUGAACAUACCUGAUGCCAGCAUCACUGGGCACUGGGUUAGCUGUGCGUCUGUCCCAACCUGGAUGUUGCCAUGUCCGUGUUGUCUUCCAGCAGCGGGAGAAGAACCUGGCUUUUCUCCUCUGUUGGAGGUGCUCCUAAUGCCCCAGGAAAGUGCUGGAGCAGAGUUUCUACGUGUGCAGGGUUCUGGGAUCCCAAGCAAGGCUUAACCAAGGUUAAGUCCCAUAGACUGAGGAGGUCAGGGAGUGGGAAGGGAAUCAGUGCUCCCUGAAACUUCUGUUAUGAGCUGGAAUAUUUGGGGUAUAUGACCCAGCUCCUAGUUAGGUUGCCUAUUAACGGGGGAAGAGAUACCUCUGCCUGUGGUACUCAGAAGCUUCAUUUAGCCUUGUGUAAAAGGUUUCAUAGUAUCAUAGUAUUGUGGGAUUAGGGGUAUCGUUGUUCUUCUUUUUUUUUCCUCAUUUGUUUGUAGCCUUUCCCUUUUAUUCCUUAAAAGAGAAAAUAGUGCUUUUGGAGGGUAAUUCGAUAACUCCUGAAAUAUUACCAACACUUGUAACUUUAACUUUACUAUAAAUACUGUUAUUGGCAGGACUGAAGCUUACCAUACUGAUGUAGUUAGCUCAGUGAAGAAGCAUGAAACCGUGUUUUUGUCUCUUUUUAGGGUGGUUAGAAGUUUUCUAUAUCUUUUCAUGUCUUAUAGACUUUCUUGGGGAAUGAUUGUCUGAGGCCCAACUGAAGUUUUUCUGCGGUUGGGCAUUUUUAAGGGAUCUCCUUCUCUUUCAGCUCCUCUCAUUCAUCAUAACAGGUUUCCCGAUGUAUAAGCAACUUAUAUUUCUUGCUACAGCCCCCUGCUUUGGCAGUGUUUCUCUGCAGCUUGAUUGUGUAUUUCCAUACACCAGUAUGAACAUAAUCAUCUUUGAAGUUUCUUAUUCCUCGUUUGAAUUUAGCCGAACUCAGUCAAUGUGUGCACAGGUUGUGAGGAUAUACUCAGAUGCAUCUUCCUUCCCCUCACACCAAGCACUACCAUGUAACCUUUGCUUCUAGAGGAAGAGGGACUAAAAAGUCAGCAGCUAAUUAUUAUCAGCAGCAGAUCAGUGAGCUACCCCUUGCUUUAUAAAAACCAAAAA